UAUACCUUGCGUGAACCACCUAAUGUGAGUUCGCCUUGGGAUUGUCAAAAUUUUUCUUUAAUUUUUCUUAUUGUUGUUGUCGCCACUAAACCGUGGAGUGAGUAAUAAAUAAAAUUUUAUGCCAAAAAAGCACAAAAACGAAAGAUAAAAAAAUACUAACAAAAAUAAGCAAAAUUAUUAAUUAGAAAAAUUUUAAUAGAAUUAAAUUAAUAGAAAAUGUCUCAUCAAACCGGUAUUAAAGCGAACGAAAAACUAUUAAAAGUCUUUGGAAAAGCUAAAAAUGGAAAAUUACGUGUCAUUAAAGUAUCUAUUGAAAAUGAGGAAUUAUCUUGCUCAACCACCGCAGACGUAAAAAAAGACUGGGAAAAAGAUUUCGAUAAACUUGUUGCUCCCCUAGUUGAGGAGAAUGUACCGUGUUAUAUUUUAUAUCGUUUGGAUAGUAAAACAUCUUUGGGUUAUGCCUGGCUCUUGCUAAGUUGGGUACCUGACACCGCUUCCAUACGCCAGAAAAUGGUUUAUGCUUCCACUAAAGCUACGCUCAAACAAGAAUUCGGUUCUGCUCAUAUAACUGAAGAGAUACAUGCCACCUCAAAGGAUGAAACCACGUUGGAGGGUUACCAAAAGCAUAAAAAGGCCUUUGCCGCUCCAGCUCCCUUAACUACACGUGAAGAGGAGAUGGCUGAAUUGCGAAAAACUGAAGUAAAUACUGAAAUAAAUACCGACACGCGCCAUCAAACUCUUGGUGGUAUAUCAUGUCCUCUAUCUGAUGCCACAAAACAAGCUGUUCUUGACUUAUUAAGCGGAUCCUACGACUAUUUGCAAUUUCGCAUUGAUCUAGAAGCCGAACAGAUACAUGUUUCACAUGCUGCGGUCGUACCGUUAACAGAUCUUCCUAAACAAGUACCCGAUGAUCAUGCUCGUUAUCAUUUGUAUUUGUUUAAACAUACACAUGAGGGUGAUUAUUUAGAAUCCUAUGUCUUCAUUUACUCAAUGCCCGGUUACACCUGUUCCGUACGAGAACGAAUGAUGUAUUCUAGCUGUAAGCAGCCAUUUUUGGAAACGUUACACUCGUUUGGUGUAGAAAUAGCUAAGAAGCUUGAAAUUGACUCUGGUUCUGAACUAACCGAAGAAUUUCUUCAAGAUGAAUUACAUCCAAAGAAAAUGCUCCACCGACCGGCUUUUGCCAAACCAAAAGGUCCACCCAAUCGUGGUGCUAAACGAUUAACUAAACCCCAAGAACAAUCAACAUAAAUUCAAUUUAGCAUUUGAAUAAUUACAAGUCUUUUGUUUACCUUUGCUUUAUAUUUUAUGUUCUCAAUAUGGUAUUGUAAAAUAUCAGUAGAAAGAAAUUUUCAAUUUAAUUUCUUUGCAUAUUUAGACUGCUUACUGCUAUUUAUAUUUCAGAAUGCUUUUCUUAGCCUUGAAAUUGAAGUAUUUUUGUGUUUGUAUUUAAUUAUUUUGUGUGCAUUAUUUUUUAUAAGAAAA